AUGCUGCUAAUGUUGGUCGUCCAAAGGGAUCUUUUUCGAUGGAGCGCGACUAUAUUCUCGUCGAGAUCGUUCGCCUCAGAUCUCUUCACUGCUGCUCGGACGUCCAACGCGACAUCUCCUAUCUUGUAUCCUGUGUUAGACAUCUUCAACCAUAAACUCGGAGCGCAAGUCAGCUGGAAAUUCGAAAGAGGCAAUUUUACACUGUCUUUGCAGACUACCGUCAAACAGGGACAACAGAUCUUCAACAACUACUCAGCGAAGGGGAACGAAGAAUUACUCUUGGGAUUCGGCUUCUGCAUCCCAGACAACCCACACGACCGUGUCGCCGUUCGGAUUGGCCAAGUGGAACCGUUCGUUCAUACAAGAUUACGCAAGACUCUCCCAGAUCAUUGGCGAUCAGAGCUUUGGAAGUCGGAAGAAUCUGUCUUCUACAUCUCGCUCAAGCUACACAAUGGCGGUGAACCCUCAAAAGCCCACGACAUCCCAAAACUAAAAUGUCUGGAACAUAUUCCUGCGGAGUUGACGAAGUCAGUUUACAUUAUCGUCGACGCAUACGCGGAGAACGUGGUCUUCGAGAACGCGUUCGUAAAAUCGAAACAAGUGUGGGCAAACACUGUUGAUGUGCUACUCACUACUUUGGAGAGAAGCCUCCAGGAGAUUCAUCAAUGGGAUAGCGAGUUGACAGACUGUACAAUGACUUCGGGAGCAAAGGCUGCGUCAGUAUACAGAGAGGGACAGAUGAAGAUACUGCAAGCAGUAACCUCUGAACUAAGGGCGUUUCUAACUCCCCUUCGUACUGGAGCUAUUAAUAUCCUGGACUUGUUCUGA